AAACCUUUUCCCAAAAAGGACAAAGGAACUCAAAUCAGUUGUCCAUAGUGCUCCUGGAUGGAAAUUAUUUGGUAAAGUCCCUCCCAGAGAAAAUCUUCAAAAAACGUCUAAAAUUAUUCAGCAGGUGUGAAAUUCCUGCUUGUGGCCUUUUGAACCAUUGGAAUAUGAAGCACGAACAGGGAGAACCUGUAAAGUACCACCUCAGUCUUCAAGACGUAAGAAUUUUGAGUUUGAGCCACUUUCUACCACUGCUUUGAUUCUUGAGGACCGACCAUCGAAUCUUCCUGCGAAGUCUGUGGAAGAAGCUUUACGUCACAGGCAAGAAUAUGAUGAGAUGGUGGCUGAAGCUAAAAAACGAGAAAUUAAAGAAGCACAUAAAAGAAAAAGAAUAAUGAGAGAACGAUUUAAGCAGGAAGAAAGCAUUGCGAGUGCAAUGGUAAUUUGGAUCAAUGAGAUACUGCCCAAUUGGGAAGUAAUGCGGAGUACAAGAAGAGUUCGAGAAUUAUGGUGGCAGGGAUUGCCCCCUAGUGUCCGUGGGAAAGUUUGGAGUCUAGCUGUAGGAAAUGAACUAAAUAUCACUCCUGAACUUUAUGAAAUCUUUCUUUCAAGAGCAAGAGAACGGUGGAAAAGCUUCAGUGAAACAAGUUCUGAUAAUGACAUUGAAGGGAUAUCUGUUGCUGACCGAGAGGCUAGUCUGGAAUUAAUUAAGUUGGACAUAUCCCGUACAUUUCCAUCUCUCUACAUCUUUCAGAAGGGUGGCCCAUAUCACGAUGUUUUACAUAGUAUCUUAGGGGCAUAUACAUGUUACAGACCUGAUGUUGGUUAUGUCCAAGGGAUGUCCUUUAUUGCAGCUGUGCUCAUUCUCAAUUUGGAAGAAGCAGACGCCUUCAUUGCCUUUGCAAAUCUCCUAAAUAAGCCGUGCCAGUUGGCCUUUUUUCGGGUGGAUCAUAGCAUGAUGUUGAAGUAUUUUGCAACAUUUGAAGUAUUCUUUGAGGAAAACCUGUCCAAACUAUUUCUUCAUUUCAAGUCAUACAGUCUUACACCAGAUAUAUACUUGAUAGAUUGGAUCUUCACGCUAUACAGCAAAUCACUGCCACUUGAUCUGGCUUGUCGUGUCUGGGAUGUGUUUUGCAGAGAUGGAGAGGAAUUUUUAUUUAGGACUGGAUUAGGGAUCCUCCGGCUAUAUGAAGACAUACUCCUACAGAUGGACUUUAUUCAUAUAGCACAAUUUCUUACCAAAUUGCCAGAAGAUAUCACAUCAGAAAAGCUUUUCAGCUGUAUUGCAGCCAUUCAGAUGCAGAAUAGCACCAAAAAAUGGACUCAGGUCUUUGCAUCUGUAACGAAGGACAUUAAAGAAGGGGAAAGGAACAGCAGUCCUCCUCUGAAGAGCUAACAUUUGAGCCAGGGACAAACUGAAAUGCAAAAGCUAGUUUUGAGAGAAAGCUUCCUGUUUCCUAUGCAGGGAGCAUGGCGGGAAGUGUUGGAGAGAAGAAUCAAGAGCUGGAAAACUGCUAAGCUGACGUUCCAUGGCUGAAGUAGAUGAAAUGUGUAAUUUAUAGACAGUAUUAACAAAAAAGUACCUGUAAAGCCAUUUCUCAGAGGAAAAGGCUUAGAUGGCUAUUACAUACUCCAUAAUUUGGAGUGACUCUUUUAAAUGCAAUAAUUUUUUAAAAAUAGCUUCAAAGAAACUUCAAUUUUUUUAUAUCUUUUCUUUUUUUAACGAUUACCACAAACACCCUUUGGGGGUCAGAAUAGGAUUGUUAAAAUCCUACUUUUACCUCCAAAAAGGAUACAUGUAUUAUCUGUCUCCAGUGCUGAGCUUUUGAAGCUAUUGUAGACCAGUAGUAAGCAACUUACCUUGUAGGUUAUUUAAGUCACCGUUAGGGCAGUUCAGACCCUCGGGAACUAGAAAUGCUGGUGAGACAUUGCUUCCUGUUUUGUUUAUGGUAUUUCCCACAGUGUUGUGUCCCUUUGUUUUUUAAGAGAAGUUCUUUCUCUAAGGAAUUUCUAUCACAAAAGAAUUUUAGCCUUUUUGUUUCUUGUCUGACAAAUUGGUAUGUGGUAACUUAACAUUAAAAAGCUAACUGGUAGAAUGAAAGAUCUUUUUGCACUUUAGUGGACUAAAGACUUGACUUUGAGAGUAAGAAUAAAAAAGCAACGAAUUCUAAGAGUUCUAGGUAACACUACUUACAAGACUUGAAUUUUUUAGUUAAAAUCCAUCUUCUAUCUAUAGAAACAAAUUUUAUUAAUUUCAGUUUGAAAUUUGAAAUCUUAUAUAGCUAAGUCUAAGACUUGUGAAACUCUAUGCAUAUUUUUUUCUAAUUGAUGGGAAUAAUAGUAAAAGUAAUUUUACCUUUUUUCUUAGUCUUUUUGAUGGCAUCUCAGAUAAAUUAUUAAUCAUUGGUAAACACAUUAAAUUUAUUAUACUUAAUUUUUGAACCUAACCUAAAUCAUUUGAGUAUUAUGGGUAAACCUGUACAAAAUACUAUUUGGUUAUUAAUUAGAUUUAUACUGUUUUGUUAUUGCAGUUGAUUUAAAGCAACAUAGAAACACACAUUUCUGUUAGUGGUGGAUAUACAUAUAUGUAGUCUUUAGACUAAUAAGCCAGAGGUUCUUCCUUAUGUUAUACAAUAAACAGCCAUAAGAGUAUGGGAUCAGAGGGUGUCUAUAUAUUUUUACCCUAUGGGUUGAUCAUUCUAGCCUCGGGAGCGAAGAAGAAUUAAUUCCUAUCAUAGGGACUGGCUCAGUGAAACUGGUAGUGUAAUAAAAUAUCGAAGGAGUUUCUAGAGUCUUAAUAAGUCUUAGGAGGAGCUUUUAACUCUGGGGACUAUCCCUUGAUAUUGGUGUCCCUUAUAAAGGGUAUAUAACCUCUGGCGGUAAUCUCUUUGAAUUUAUACUACUUGGCCUGCAUUUAAUUUUACUCUCAGGUAUUAGUUUCCUGAGGUGGUCCUAUGUUCUGUAUUUCUUUUUCUUAUUUUUUUUUAUUGUACAGUUUCUUUACCUUCCAAUUAUAAAUGUGUAUAUAAAAUGUAAAUACAAGAAAUUCACUAAAAACCACUAUUACAAUUACUAUGAAAAUAAAACUUGUAAGCAGAAUUAUGA